CUCUCCCUCCUUCCAUCUCUUUCUGUGCCAGUAAGGACGCAUGCGGCUGGAGUAGAGUCCCGGCGUCUCCUCCUGGAGCUGAAACAGCCAUCCCAGCGGAGGCGGUCGGUGUCUUCCUACCCUCCCACCCUUUGAGGCUCCCUGCCGGCACGCGGCGGAGCAGGCAGACGGCUGUCCCCGCGCUACGCCGCCGACCGGCAGAAAACAGCGUGCCAGAUGGAUUUGUGCUCUGCUGCUGCUGCUGCCGCUGCUGCGUCGCAUCUCUCAAAGUGAAAAUACUCGCGCUGCAAAUGUGCGUCCCCUGCUUCACAAACUUGGACCGUUGCCUGUGUCCAGGCUCCUCUCCAGCCCUGUGAACCUCUGUCACUGCUGACUGACGACGUGGUGGACGAUGGUGUGACACCGCAAAGGACCUUGUACCCCAGAACUAAUUCUAAACUAUCACCACAUCAACUUUUCCUCUGCAGACGAAGACUUGUUUGCCCGGUCUAUGUGGAAGUGCGCUGGGGAUAACUGGAAUCAACAAACCUGUUAAAUAGCGACAUUUAACAUUUCACUUGGACUAAUUUGUCUGUCCAAAAUCCAAGAAAGAAUCCGACUUGGAGAGAAGCGUUAACGAGCAUGAUGCUCGGCUUUUUCACCUUUAGUCGUUGCUGACGCAUAUUGGGGAGCGAGAUGGGACUGUAAACUACAGUAUGUGGAGUCAUUCCUGAGGACAGAGUCGCUGCUCUCCGCGGGUGCAUGGAGAAGAGCAGCCCGAGGAUGACGGGCGGAACCCGGGAGGCGCCGGUGAACUCCUCUCCGGCGGUAGCGGCCAACGCGGAGGGCGAGGAAAUCGAGGUUUUGGAAAGUACCGACGUCCUUCCCGUGGCUCCAGAGGACCAAUGGAAGUCUCUGUUUGACAAGUAUGACCCAGAGAAUUCGGGCUUCAUCAGUACAGAGCGGUUCAGGGACCUCCUGGCGACACACGGCUCUGAGCUUGACCCCCACAAACUGGAAGUCUUAUUGGCCCUCGCCGAUGGCAACGCUGAUGGAAAAAUCUGCUACCAGGACUUUGUGAACCUGAUGAGUAACAAGCGCUCCAACAGUUUCCGGAGGGCCAUUCUGCAGGGGAGCCGGCAGCUAAAAGGCUGCAGUCUCAGAGAUGAGGUCGGCCUGGGGCUCUCUCAACGGCUGGUCCGACACGUCGCCUAUGAGACGCUGCCCCGCGAGGUCGACCGCAAGUGGUACUUUGACAGCUAUACCUACUGUCCCCCGCCCUUGCUCAUUCUGGCUAUCACCAUUGCUGAGGUAGCCGUGUUCAUGUACUACGGGUUCCAGCUGGACCGCUUGGUCCUGCAGGUGUCCAGCCCGUCAUUCCUAAAGAGCCCCUUACCGUACCAUCCCCAGCUACGAGCCCAGGCCUGGAGGUACCUCAGCUACUGUUUCAUGCACACUGGCAUUGAACACUUAAGCCUGAACAUGGCCAUGCAGCUGCUGGUGGGAGUCCCCCUAGAAAUGGUCCACGGAGCCCUGAGGAUCGGACUGGUCUACGUGUGUGGUGUGCUGGCAGGGUCUCUGGCAGUAUCUGUCACUGAUAUGACGGCUCCAGUGGUCGGAUCAUCCGGGGGAGUGUACGCAUUGGUCUCAGCACACUUGGCCAAUGUUGUAAUGAACUGGUCGGGAAUGAAGUGUCAAUUUAAGUUAUUCCGGAUGGCCAUGGCUCUGGUGUGCAUGAGUGUGGAGUUUGGUCGGGCGGUGUGGUUGAGGUUCUACCCUCCGGCCUUUCCUCCGUGCCCCAACCCCAGCUUUGUAGCUCACCUGGGAGGGGUGAUGGUAGGUCUGACGCUGGGUGUGGUGGUCCUGCAGAACUACGAGCAGCGACUCCAGGAGCAGUCCCUGUUUUGGAUCUUUUUCUGCGUCUACACCUUGUUUGUGCUUUGCGCCGUCUUCUGGAACAUUUUUGCCUACAGCUUGCUUGACGUGCGACUGCCUCCGCCACCGUGACUUGCCAAUAAAGGCAGAUAAGACACUGUAUCCCCUUUACUCCUGCAUCAGUAGAUGCCUGACCUUUCUCUGGAUGGGUCACCUCACCCCUCAUAUUACGAACUUCACCGUGGGGUGAUCAGAGUUGUCUAACAGCCAACCUCCUCUUACAUCCAUACAUUUUUCAACUCACCUGCUACCUUCUAGGGUCGAGCCUUCCCAUCGCUAACCUCCACCUACUCUUUGUCUUCAUCUCUGUUGGAUGCUUGUGGGACUUUUGUUGGAAAUAAUGUGUUGACAAAUGAAAACACUUGGAUCUAACACAACAGGAUCAAGCAGGAAUAGUCCUGUUCACAUCGCUUAACCUUCUCUGCCUCUUCCUCCUCAAUCCAACGGUGCCUACUCAUGGAGACAUCAGCCUGUGAAAGUAUUACUGCACUGUUGCCCCUUGUGUAGGGUGACAGCAGUAAAACCCUGCAGUAUAAACUGUUCUCAGACAAAAUAAGUUCCUAAAAAAAUGCUAUCUGCCUGUGCCCUCUUCUUUAGUACACAAAGAAUAAGAUCAUAUGAGAAUUUAGGCUUAGCUGGUGUUUUGUCACCAUUACAAGCAGCACAUGAGUGGUACACAUAAAACUGAUAAGCAGGGUAGCUAAACUCCUCAAGUUUCACAGUAUAGAGAGAGCAUAGAAUAAAUAGGCUACAGCAACCUUCAAAAGUUAUUAUGAAUUUACCUUUGAAGCAAAAUGUGGGUUGCUAUUCAAGUGUUGCCUUCAGCGUUUGGCACUUCCCCAGAGAAGGAUUAAUUUGUGUUCAGCGCUAUUUGAACCUCAAACUUUUGUCUUUGACAUUUUUGUGUGUGUGUUUGCAAGGAGUGCGACAAUUGUACCAUUGUGUGUACAGAUAAAAAAAAAAAAAGAAGCAGAAGUGCCAUUCAGACUUUAAGCUUUCAAAAAUGAUGCCAAAAUGUUGCUAUAAGCACCAGGGGAAGAGCACAUCUCCCCGACAAGUAUUGCUUUUGUGUAAGAAAAAUUUAUCUAAUUUUGUCUGUAAAGAGUCAGUCGAAUGUAACAGUAAUUUUUCAUGAUCUUGAUCUGAAUUUCUCACAAAUAACCUUGGAACAGCCCAGAAGUGCAGUCAAGUUCUUAUCAUUCUGUUGUCCCCUUUGGGCAUUUGCAGUGAUUUUUGCAAUGUUUAAAAAUUUCAAAGUGACGGAAGUUAAUUUAUUGAUUGGUGAAGAGGUGAAUUGAGCAAAGUGGGAUUGGACUAAUGAAAAUAUUCACCAAUGGGUAAACUGGGCCGCUCUGAAUAAAUCUAAGUAUUUUUCUCAUUACCAAACGUAGAAGAGCACACAUGCCUGACCUCGACUACAUCUGGGCUGGGGUCGUUUCACUCUCAGUUCGGGGGGGGGGGAUCAAUGCUCUCUCAUUAGAUGCUGUCACAACUUAAAUUGUUAAUUGAUUGAACUGGGACAGAAAACGACCUCAGCCCUAAGCUGUGAGUCUCAAACUGUACUGUACUUUAACCUCAUGUUACAGUGGUAACUGCUUCGCACAAACGUUAUUAUAAUGUAAUUAAAUACAAAUUAAUAUUUUAA